AUGCCUAUUGGUGAUCAUCCCUUUCCUUCGCCCAUUGGUGGCAUUCCUUUUCCUCAUGAUUUCGCCCCCGCCUUAUUAUUUACGAUUCUCUAUGCCAUCGUCGUCCCAGUUGGAAUCUACCGACUGAUCUCCAAACGGUCACGGACACUUGCCAUCGCCGGCACCGUGGUAUUCAUGAUAGAGCGUGUCGCUGACUUUGCCAUCCGUGCUGCUGAAGCCGAGAAGCCCAGCAUUCGCACCGGAGUUUUCUUCGUGUCGUGGCUGCAAAGCGCCUAUGCCAUGGGUUUCCUCAGUAUAACGGGGGACCUCGGUAACAUUGCGCGGCUGUUCGUCAUGAAGACGACAGAGGGAACUCCCUUCACCGUCCAAAUUCCACCGGCUGAAUGUGCACCUCGUAUGGAGGAAGAACAGCCACUCACGACGCCGAUGGACCCUUUCAGGGAUGCUAGUUCGUCGUACUCUCAAGUGCCAACCGCCGAGGAGGAUGUCUUCGAAGACGAACCGAGGAUUCGCGUUUGGUUGAAACGUAUCGGACUCGCGUGCAUAUUGGUCCGAAUACUAGCCAUCGGCACGGCCGUCGUAUCCGGCGGUGCGUUCUAUAUGGGUGUCGUGAGUGUGGUGCAGGCCAACAUCGUGCAGCAAACGAGGUAUGCCUCGUCGAUCAUCGUACUGUUCCUGCAAAUGCUCGCUUUGGGUGAGGUUGUUUGGGCGUUGUUGACGCGCCCGAAGCGAACACCUCGUCGGCCUGCGCUAUACCUCUGCGCCAUGAUAAGUGUCAUCAUGGUCACCACUGUGUACCGACUGGCAGCGAUGAUGAGCUUCACCACCUCGCUAACGUCGAUGGGGCCAGGCUCGCUCAACGGUCCCACGGCGAAAGCGCUGUUCUACACGUUCCACGUCGCACCCGAAUGGGUUUCGAGCACGAUGCUGCUUGUUGUCAACGUCAGGGACAUGUAUGGGGUCAAUGGGAAGGGCCACUGA